AUGGAUCCUCAGACUUUGAUGGCUAGUAGUGGUACUCAUACUACCCCUUUGAAUAAUCUUAAGUUGUUGCAGUUCAAGAUAUGUAUAUUUGGUGGUAAAGCAGUUGGGAAGACUUCAUUUAGUGUUCAAUAUGUUGAGUCACAUUUUGUUGAGUCUCACUAUCCGACUAAUGUUCAGAAUGAGUUUACCAAGUUAAUAAGGUACAAGAAUAAUGAGUAUACUUUGGAGAUAGUUGAUACUGCUGGGCAAGAUGAGUCGUCUAUGGUUAAUAUGCGGUCCUUGAUGGGUUGCAAAGGUAUAAUUUUGUGUUACAGUGUUGUGAGCAGGCCCUCGUUUGAGUUGGUAAGGUUGAUUUGGGAGAAGAUAGUGGAUCAAGUUGGAAAUGACGAUAUCCCAGUUGUAAUAGUGGCUAAUAAGAUUGAUCUUAGAGAUAAGACCAAUACAAAGUAUAGGCCGGACCAGAUAGUCACAAGAGUGGAAGGUGAACAAUUGGCAGAAGAGUUAUCGGGAACAAUCAAAACCAAUAGCAAUGGCAAUGGCAAUAAGAUUAAGUUUGGCUUCAUAGAGACUAGUGCGAAAUUAAAUAUCAAUAUCGAGGAAGCCAUCAUGUUGUCGUUGAAAAAAAUGGAACAGAAAGCUACCAAUUCCUUUGAUGGGGAUGAUAGCAAAUGUGUUUUAAUGUAA